GUUCUUUUGAACGAAUCGUUCACUCACGAGCCAACACUAGAGCAGAGCGAGUCGAAGGUGGAUGGCGCGUGUGGCGUGCACGCCUUUGCCUUUGCGUGGACUUUGUCGUCAUGUUGGCGUGUCGUGCACUUCACGUGGACCUCCUCCCCCUCCUCCCAUCACCUCUCUCCGACUCCCUCCCACUCCUUCCCUCGGCGUGAUUUAGCGGACUGAGUAGACGCUGGGUGCCGAACACGGCGCACUGAUGCGGGCUUUGCGUUGAAGAGGAAACCGUCACGAUCAUCACCUUCCUUUUCCUUCAUUUGUGGAGUCAUUUUUCUCUACAAUGACUACCCGCUCCUGAGGGACUUUUCCUAUUUGACUUCUCGUCAUCUUUGUCCAUGGGUUCCCGCAGUCAAGGCUACUUUCCGCCCCACCACCAUCACCAUCGUAGCUCCUCCUUGGCGCCUCUGCCGACAGCGGUGGCGCCAGUGCCGCGGCUGCUGCCUGAAGGCGGCAUGGCCCAGAUCACACCAGGCCUGUUCCUGAGCCGAGGCAACGUGGCAUCCAACCGCGGUCUGCUCCUGUCUAAGGGCAUCACGUGCGUGGUCAACGCCACGCUGGAGCUACCCAACUUCAACUGGCCGCACGUGGAGUACGUGAAGGUGCCGCUGGCUGACGCGCCCCACUCGCCCAUCUCGCUCUACUUUGACGGCGUGGCAGACAAGAUCCACAGCGUGGGCCGCAAGCGGGGUGCCGUCUUGGUGCACUGCGCGGCUGGCGUCAGCCGCUCUGCCUCGCUGUGCCUGGCCUACCUUAUGAAGUACCACCGCGUGUCGCUGGCUGACGCCCACGCCUGGGUCAAGGCCCGCCGUCCCGUCAUCCGGCCGAACGGUGGAUUCUGGCACCAGCUAAUCGAGUACGAGCGCAAGCUCUUCGGAAGGAACUCGGUCAAGAUGGUGCAGACGCCCUACGGGGUCAUCCCUGACGUCUACCAGCGGGACCGCCGCAGUCUAGUGCCCUACUGGGGACUGUGAAAAAAAAAUCCUAGGAGGUUUUUCAAUGAACUCUAGACUGGACCAGGACAAGGGUGUGGUCGGUCUCCUAAUGUUGACUGUGCUUGUCAUGAUGUCACGUGUACGGUAGCAAUUUUUUGAGAGCAUCGUAGAGCCCCCUGAGUUUGAUUCGUUCCGUGUAUCUUGAUUUACUUGUGACCGCUCAAAAUAAAGCAACAGCCAAGGUCAUGAAAAAAAAAUUACUCAAAUUGCAAAUUGUCUGCACCUCUAAUAACCUUUUAAAAUAGUCAAAAAGUCUAUUUUUUUUACUGGUUUCUGAUUUGAAAAACAAGUCUAUUAAUUUGUUGAGCACAUGUGAUACAUUUACAGUAUAUGGCCCAAAGAAGAAAAACCAUAACGAUGAUGGAGCUUGCUACAAAAAUUAUUUUGACAUCAAUGGACUGUCAGUGGCAAUGUUUGUGUUUGAAUUUGGAAAAAGAAAGAAUAAAGACUUCUUCGCAACACGA